CCCCACCCCUCAGGAUCCAAACCGUAGGUAGCCAGCAUACCACGGCAGACCACACUUCCAUAACCUCUAACUUUGAGAGUCACCUAAUGAUGUGCCGCUCAGAGAUUUUCUCUUAAUGUGUCAGUAUCUGAACAUUUUCCGUGGAAACAGUCCACUAACAAUCUCUCUUGUACACUGACUUGGACAUACUGUAUACAUGUGAAUUUAGUAUGAUUGCAAACACCACGUCUUCAGGCCAUAUCUGUCUUAAAGGGAUAGUUUGCAUCGGUAGGAUAUUUUCAUUUUUUCAGUGUAUACAUUUCAAUAGACAUUUAGCCUCCAGUAUUGGCUGCACUGGAUUUUAUUUGCCACAGCUCUUAACAUUCUUUUGGCAGACAUGAUCCACUUUGAUAAAUGUGUUGGAGAGCAGCCAGUUCUGGUAGCUGGCUCAUGAACUCCUAUGGAUUUGUGAGCAGCACACAGCACUACUUCAUUACAAAGCGAAACGGCACUUUAGAGGUGCUGAAAUGGAAGUUUGGUAACAAUGUCUGAACAGCAACCCCGUUUCACAUCUGGGACAUUUUAUCAAUACGUGUUUGACGUUGAUCUCUGAGUGUGACGGUAGGAGUGAUAACUCAGGGAGUGAUGGAAACAGAGCUGCCCCAUAUAAACAUACAGUGACACAGUUCCUACCAGCUGUAGCAGUAUUUUGUCCUUCAGUUAAAGGUUUUACAUCCCCUACAUACUGUACAUUGGUAUGUGGUAUAAACAGUCUGUACUUGUGCAUCUGUGUUCUUACUUAUUGUCAGCUUUAUGAUCUUGCAGGUAAGCCAUAGCUUUAGCGUUGUUUGUUGUUUUUUUUUUCAUGUACACUUAUGCACUGACAGUCUUUCUAAAGACGCGUUCAUGUUUAUGUGCUUGUCAGCAUUGUCAUGCAUACAUUUAUUAAGGGAUUAUGCUAUGCAGAGCUAUCAUUCCAUAAAUUCUGUUUAGCUUUAACAUUAAGGAAUGUUCCUUUUUUCCUAAUUGUGUAAUUGUCAAUCCCAUAUUAUGCAGGUAGAAGACAUACAGCUGACAUGUGAUAUGUCCUUUGAAUAAGUCAUUGAGUUUUGUUGAUCCUGCUGCCAUUUACCUCAUCUAGAGUUUUGUUUUGCCUGUGCUUAUAAUUGCACAUCUUAGAUUUUACUAACAAAACAUCGAUAGGCACGAUGCGAUGAUUUAUUAUUUUGCAUGGGAUGACUUGAGACUGUAGGACCUCUGCCAGUCAGUGAUACCACUGCUGAGAAUCAGGUGGCAGCCAGAUGGCCUCAUGGGUUGUUGUAAGGUAAAGUUUAGAUUUUCCAAAGCAUGUCAAAUUAAUAUCAUACAUCGAGAUUUAAACAGGUUGGCAGUAAGCCUGGCUGAUGCCAAAUAAUAGAAAACUUACUGUUCUAAACGUGUUAAAUUUAAGGAAAUUAUUGGCUGUUUUGUUUUUUUUGUUUUUUUAAAUGUAAGCACUUUGGUUGGCUCGCCCUGUUCCAAGUUAUGAAAAUUUGUAACCUUUCUCAAAAUUUGAAUGCAAAGUCUACAAACUAUGAAAAAGUUAACUAAGAACACUAGAAGAUAAACUCCUGAGAGUUUGGUACAUUGAUUUUGGGCUCAUCUGAUACCCUGUAGACAUGUUGUGCAUGUUACAUUGAUCAAAUCAUUCAAUCGUUUUGAGUGUUGUACACUGCUGAAGGCUCAUAGAUAGAGUUUAAAUGUGUAUCUGUUCUUUACCCCUCGGUCAUUAACACCCAGACCAAGCCCAAACAUUAGUUUCUAUUUCUGCCCAAGUAUAUAGUAUUUCAUAUUGGUAUCUCCGGCCAUGAUUUAUUGUCAUCUCUUGAGGACUGUUAAGGAUUUUCCUGUAAGAACUCUUGUUUCAAGGGAAGAACAGUUGUGAAUCAUCCUCUUUAUGCUUGAAUUAUGAGGAGCCAGUGGAUGGAGCAGCUGAACUCAUAAGGACCCUCCUGCCUGUGUCCGAAGUGCCUUUGGACAUUUCUGCCCGGACACACAAUAAACCUGUGUUGAUUUUUUUGGGGAGGAGUCCACCUCCCACCCCGGCGCCUCUGCAGACUGAAAGGAGGGCUAUUUGUGCUAUCUUAUGUAUCAUUGGAUUAACUUGACGCAACAUGGCAUACUGUAAACAUCAUCAAUUCAGUGGAGGCUUGUCCACAGAUGAACCAGGAGCUCUGCACGGUGGCUUCAGUACUCAACUACCGAGUCGUGCCAUAGACGCAGGCUGGUCUUUUUUUAAAAAGGCAAAAAUUCAGUCCAUUUUGUAUUAUUUUUGUUCCCGGUCUUCAUGUUCAAUCAUUGCACUGUUGUAGCUGCUCUGUCCACAGAGCAGUGAGACUGCUAAAACAUUGCUUUCACUUCAACUUCUUUGGUGGUGACAAAAUAUUUUUGCUUCUGUCUCCGUUUGAAAUAAAACAGUAGAUUUUGUAAGUUAGGGAACAUCGUUUUUGAUUUCAUGCCCUGCUUUGUGUGUAGUUGCAUGCAGCUUUUGUAUCAUUUUAAUGGUAUUGUUAGUUUUUUGGAAAUUUGUUGAAACUGUCCCCGCACAGGAGGAAGGACCUUAACAUUUGGGCUUAAAUUUAGCAGCUGGGAGCUUGUUAACUGCUUCCAUUGUACCACUUCCUGCCACUUUAAGUUCAUUCUUCAUUGAUUUUUGGGCUCAAGAGGAAGCACUUACUGUAUAUGUCUGUUGCAUUAUUGCUGCUACUAUCAACACGUCUGGUUUGUCUUCCCGGGUUGUCUUCCCAGGCUGUCAUGUUGUUAAUAAAUAUUAGUUUACUGAACUCCCAGCAGGAUCUUUGGCCAUAUUUUCAAAUAUCAGUACUUCCAAGUAUCAAACAGAAACAAUCUCUGAACUCAGAAUUCAUGAUGUUUCAUCAAGCUCUUGCCCCCUUUUUAUGAUAAAAUAGAAUUAGCCUUUAUUGUCUCCCUUUGGAGAAAUUUGUCUUGGGCAUUUGAGAGAACACAGCAGCACACAGCUUCUCCAUAUAUACACAAUAUAUACAUGUACAAUCAAACUAUAAUUAACAUGCAGUAUCACACACACAUCCGUAUACACACCAAGAAUAUUGCACAAUGCCCUACAUUAAAAUUCUGCAGCCUUCUGUCUGCAACGAGGCAGCUUGAGAAGCCGCAGUCUGCUUUUUGAGUAAUUACAUUUGCCCUCGACUGCACCCACUUGUAACCUUCUUUUUUGUUCACCCCCUGAGAAGAUUAGCUUCGAGUAAUUUGUGAAAAGUGAUAAGGCAGCGGUUGGUGCAAUUAAGAAAGCAUGGCAUAAGCUGGGAUUUGCUGUGUAUAUAAAGUCGGGGGUGAAAGUGGAGCUGUUGCUCCUUCAUUACAGAAUGGGACAAGCUGCAACUCUGCCUUGCAGGAGAGGAGAGUCUUAUGUUACAGAGCUGUACCAGUGGUUCAGAAAGUUUAUUAAUGAAUGUCCAAGUGGGCUGAUCACUCUUCAUGAGUUUCAAAGGCAUUUCUGCAAUGGAACAGUGGGCAGUGAGUCAGCAGAGUAUGCGGAAAAGAUAUUCCGCACACUGGACACUAAUGCGGACGGGGUGGUAGAUUUCAGGGAGUACGUCAUGGCCAUCAGCAUGCUUAUCGAAGGUUCAGCUGUGGAGAAGUUGCGCUGGUCAUUCAAGCUUUAUGACAAAGACAGAGACGGAGCCAUCACAAAGGAGGAGAUGCUAGAGAUAAUGCAGGCUGUUUAUAAGAUGAGUGUAGCCACUGCUUUAACCAAACCCAACCCACUAACAGCUGAAGAAUGUACCAACAGGAUAUUUCUGCGAUUAGACAAAGACAAUAACGCCAUCAUCACUGUGGAGGAGUUCAUAGAGGGAGCGCUGGAUGAUGAUUGGAUCAGAGAGAUGCUGGAAUGUGACCCCAGCACUGUGAAGGUGGAGAGGCCCCUGAGGAGGGACACCGCUUUGGGGACCCAUGGUUGACCUGAAGCGGGUUAUUCUAUUCACUGAGAGCAAAGAGACAAAGCAGUUGAUGUUUGGACUGAAGUUUCCAGGAAACGUUAUAUCAUGGUCUGCAGAGUAACUUCAAGGGAGACACCAGAGAGCACUAGAAAAUGUGCACACAGUAAUUUGCCACAAUAUAAAGUGUUCAUUUCUGUUAUAAUUAUUUUUCUGCAGAUUGGAUCAAUGCUUAGUGUUGUUCUUUUGUUGAUGUUUUCUUUGCCGCACCAUUUGUGUUUUACUAUGUUUGAAUACAUACAUUGAGACAUUACUUGUCCUACUCAUAUUAUAUUAUUAAAUACCCCAUCUGUAGUCAUGGUCAGGAUAACCAGCAACAAAAAUGCAACCUAAAAGGUUACAGACUCUAAAUACAAAAUUGCAAAACUGUGGCUCCCUGUAAAAUCGGCUCUUAGAGGUAGAUGUUUACUCAAGUAAUGUUCGUCAGUGCAAUUUUAGGUACUUUAUUAUUAUAAGAUUUCCAUUUUAUGUCACUAAAUACUUUUACUCUAUUUUUAAAGAUAAUGACUGUAGUUUUUACUCCACUGCACUUAUUUGCAAUAGUUACUGUAGAUAGCUUACUUUGCAGUUUAACAAUAUGCUGUAUAUGAUGCAAACCAACAGUGUUAAAUUUAGCUCCACCAUGAACAAAUUAAAACAUUAAAACUGCAUGCAUGAAUCAUUAACAAUAACUCUGUAAUAUACUGUAUAAUGUAACAGUCUGAAAGGGACAUACUGAGUGCUUUUUCCUUUGAAUACUCAAGUACAUGUUAUUGUUUAAUACGCCUCUAU